AUGGAUGCAUUUGAAGGUGACUUCGUAGGAACAGAAGGCGGAACAGAGGAACAGAUCAUGCAGCCGCCGCCACCGCCAUCACAACCACACCCUUUUGAGGACGAUGGCUAUGUUGAUAAUUUUGAUUACGAUGCGGCCCCACCUCCUCCGAUGGCCGCCGCCGAUGACUUCGGCUUCGACGGCGGAGCUCCACCGCCUGAACCACUGCCUAUGGGUGACUUCUCAGAUCCUGCAUUUGGGAUUAGCCCGGAAAAUGAUGCUGGUAUCAAUGGCGAGUACGGUGGACAGGAAAAAGGUUAUGAUAUUGGAGCGGAUACUGACGGGAUUUUCAGUUCCGACAAUGCUAAUUUGGAUGGGCCGAUUCUCCCUGAUCCUAGUCAGAUGAGGGAGGAAGGCGCUGCUUUUCGCGAAUGGCGGCGCCAAAAUGCAAUCCAUCUUGAGGAGAAGGAGAAAAAGGAGAAAGAAAUGAGAAAUCAGAUUAUUGAAGAGGCAGAAGAGUAUAAGCGAACUUUUUAUGAGAAGCUGAAACUAAAUCGUGAGACAGCCAUGGUUCACAACAGAGAACGAGAGAAACUGUACCAUGCAAACCAAGAAAAGUUCCACAAAGAAGCUGACAAGAACUACUGGAAAGCGAUAGCUGAGAUUAUACCUCGUGAAGUACCUAACUUCGAGAAGAGAAGAGGGAAGAAGGAGGAAGAGAGGAAACCUUCAAUUAUGGUCAUUCAGGGACCGAAACCUGGUAAACCCACAGAUCUUGCAAGGAUGCGCCAGAUGCUUCAGAAAUUGAAGAACACACCUCCACCUCAUAUGAUCCCGCCCCCACCGCCAAAAGAAGGAAAGGAUGCAAAAGAAGGGAAGGAUGGCAAGGAGGGAAAGGAUGAAAAGGAUAAAAAAGAUGCAAAGGAUGCCAAGGAAGAUAAAACUGGCACUCCAAAUUCGGUCAGUGGUGACAAAACUGGAACUCCCGAAUCAGCUACGGCUGCAAAGGAUGAGAAAGUUGGCGCUCCAUUGCUGCUUGAGAAAGUUGGCACCCCGACAUCCGCCAAGGCUAAUGAACAAAUUGUCGAUUCACCGGCGAAAGAUACUGCUAUUGAUGCUACUCCUGAGGCACCAAAACUGAAUGCUACUUCUUAG